CUCUAUAUGUUGUGGGUUGGAUCAUUUAACAAUUUUAUUCGAGUGGUGAUCGUCGUUGAGUAAAGUGAUCAUCUUAUAAACGCCAUCCAACUGUAUUACUAUCAGCAACAAGUGUUUGUGUGAAGCAACAAAAUAUGUUGCGAAAAUUGUUUAUACCUGUGCUAUUAGCGUGUUUUGUUACGAGCAGUUACGGUGAAGGUCAUUACACCAUCAUUGCACCACAAAACAUUCGAGCACAUUCAGACUACCAUGUCUCAGCAUCGUUACACGACGCCAACGAGCCAAGUACCAUUCGAUUGACCGUGAAAAACGAUAGGGGCUUCAGAGAUUCGAAGGAAGUUACCGUUCAACCCUACACCACUAAAAUGGUUUCGUUCAGUACUGGUGACCUGCAACAUGGUGACUAUUCAAUCGUUGCCGAAGGUGUAAGUGGAAUCAUAUUCACCAACGAAUCGAGUAUUACUUUGCACGAGAAAGCUCAAACCGUUCUAAUACAAACUGACAAGGCCAUGUACAAGCCGGGUGAUAAAGUAAAUUUCAGGAUUUUAGUAUUGGAUCUUAAUCUGAAACCUAAUGCGAUCAGAGGUGACAUGAGAGUGUUUAUGAGCGACAGCUCCAACAAUCGAAUUAAACAGUGGUUGAAUGCAACGACCACUAAAGGUGUCUUCAUUGGUGAGCUUCAACUAUCCGACUUUCCGAAUUUGGGCGAUUGGAACAUUAAUGUGGAGGUGAACGGUGAAACCAAGAAGAAAUCAUUUGAAAUAGCCGAGUAUGUUCUGCCAAAAUAUGAAGUGACUAUUGACACAGACAAGGACAUUACCUUCAAAGACGGUCAAAUUCGCGUAACAGUCAGAGCGAAAUACACAUACGGAAAACCAGUUAAAGGACAAGCUGUUGUCACUGUCGGCCCCAAAGUGUAUGGUGGCUACCAACCAUUGGUAUCAGAUUUAUUGAGUCGUCGAACGAUUACAGUUGAUGGGAAAGGAUAUGUUGAAUUUGAUAUUAAGAACGAUUUGAAGGCGAACGAUGCUUACCAGAGAGAUUUUAUCAUUGAAGCUUCGGUUACGGAAGAUUUAACAGGAAGCACGCAGAGUGGUAAAGCGUCUGUAGCAAUUCACAAGUAUAAAUACACCAUUACAGCAGUAGAUUCACAAAGUUCUUACAAGCCAGGUCUGCCAUCCGUAAUAACUGUUAAAAUUGCUUAUCACGACGGAGCACCAGUUGUGGAUACAAUCAACAAAGUAAACAUAAUUCGUAGCUAUGAAUGGGACGCAUCGAAGGGCACGUCGGAGGAAUACACUCUAGAUUCGAAUGGAAUGAUUUAUGUCAAAUAUUCGAUACCUGCAAAUAAUUCAGGAGUUUACUUCCAUGCUAAAUAUUUGGAACAGGAAGUGAAUUUGGGCUACUACACGAAAUCUGAAUCUAAGACUGGACAGUAUAUCCAAGCUAGAGUCCAAACGCCGAAUCCUCGCAUAGAUCGCGAAGUUUCUGUUGAAGUUACUUCCACUGAGCCACUGGAGUACUUUACGUAUCAAAUAUUGGGGCGCGGUGAUAUUAUUGUGACCCGAACGGAACCGGUACCUAAAACCACUCACUUUGUGUUCAACUUCCUGGCAUCAUUUGCAAUGGUUCCGAAAGCUCAAUUGAUCGUUUAUUACAUGAAGGACGGCGAAAUUAUAUCCGACCAAAUCGAGAUUGAAUUCGGCGAAGAACUUCACAAUUUCGUAAAAGUCGACACAUCAGCCACUCAAGCUAAACCAGGACAGAAUAUCGAUAUCACGGUCUCAACUAAGGCAGGAUCGUUCGUUGGCCUUCUUGGCGUCGAUCAAAGUGUUAUUCUUCUUAAAGACGGUAACGAUCUAUCGAAAUCUGAAGUUCUGAGUGAAUUGGACGAAUACAAUCGAGGGCGUUAUUCCCAAUGGACCGACUAUAAUGGAUGGCAAGACUUCAAAAAUGUUGUCUUGUUGACCAAUGCAAUUGAACCAGAACGACCUAGAGUUAAGCCGACGAAGUCCCCAUACGAAAAUGAAAUAUUUGGUGUUGGUGAAAUAACGACCGUAAAGAAAACCGACAUUGGUCCAGCGCAUAUACUUCGAACCAAUACGAAGCCACCGUUAGCAGGGCCCUAUGCUUUCAGUAGAAUACCAAAAUCGAAAUGGAAACGACAUCGAGUUUUGCUUAGCCAUGAAAUUAGGGACACUUGGUUGUUUAGUGAUAUUUAUUCCGGCACCGGAACCAAAACGAUCCAGAAAAAAGUUCCCGACACAAUAACAUCAUGGGUGAUUACUGGAUUCACCAUGAACGAUGUGUACGGACUGGGUCUGACAAAAUCGCCAAGCACUCUAAAGGUGUUCCAACCGUUCUUCGUCUCGUUGAACCUUCCUUAUUCGAUAAAACGAGGUGAAGCCGUUGCCAUACAGAUCGUUGUUUUCAACUACAUGGACAAAUCGGUUUCGGCGACUGUUACACUGGAAAAUGCUGAACAGGAAUUCGUGUUUUCGGAUCCAUCCAAUGAAGUCGAAGAGAAGCCAAAAAUCGAAAAAAGUCGUAAGAAGAACAUCAACAUCAAAUCGAAUGACGGCGCACCAGUAUCAUUCCUAAUUACGCCCACAAAAGCUGGUCCAAUUAAAAUAAAGGUUACAGCCACUUCAUCACUAGCUGGUGAUGCAAUUGAAAAGACUCUGCUGGUUGUGCCGGAAGGUGUGCCACAACACAAAACCAAGGCGUUCUUCAUUGAUUUGAGAGACAAAUCAGAGUUCAGUGAUAAGUUCACUAUGGAGAUACCGAAAAAUGCUGUACCAGACUCAACGCGCAUCACUGUAUCUGGUGUCGGCGACAUUAUGAGUAGUUCGAUCAAAAAUCUCGAUAAACUCAUUCAAAUGCCAAACGGAUGCGGCGAACAGAACAUGUUGAAUUUCGUUCCAUGCAUUGUGGCCAUUAACUACUUGAAGAAUACCGGUCAACUAACUAAGUCUAUCGAAAGUAAAGCGCUAAACUUCAUGGAAAUCGGAUACCAAAGAGAAUUGACCUACAAGCAUGACGAUGGGUCGUUCAGUGCAUUUGGUAAAACAGACAGCAGUGGAAGUACAUGGUUGACGGCGUUCGUAGUGCGAUCGUUCCUUCAGGCCAGAAAUCACAUAAUGGUCCAAGACAAAAUUAUCACAGAAGCUUUGAACUGGUUAAAUGACAAUCAGGCUCCGGAUGGAAGUUUCCCGGAAGUGGGUCGAGUCAUCCAUAAGGAUAUGCAAGGAGGUUCUAGCAAAGGUGUAGCACUAACUGCAUUUGUAGUUACUGCAUUUUUAGAGGAUCCGACCAAGAUCGCUACUUAUCGUGACACCAUCACUAGAGCACUGGAGUACAUUAUUAGGAACUUGGAAGGCGUCGAUGAUGCAUAUUCCUUGGCAGUAGCUUCGUAUGCCACUCAACUGGCCAAAGAUCAGUCUCGCACCGUCCUAUUCCAAAAAUUAGAUGCUAGCGCUAAGACAAACGGUGACCUGAAACAUUGGGAAAAGUCAACACCACAAGAAGAGGCCAAGAACCCAUGGCUUUCGCAGCCAAAUUCAAUCAACGUUGAAAUGACUGCCUAUGCGUUGUUAACAUUGGUCAACAAUAAUCAAAUUACGGAAGGACUUCCAAUUAUGAAGUGGCUGUUGAGCCAACAAAAUGAAAACGGUGGUUUCCAAUCGACUCAGGACACUGUUGUGGGUAUUACCGCUCUGGCCAAAUAUGCUGAAAAAAUAGCAUUCGGUGACAGUAAUGCUGUACUUGGCGUCUCAUAUAAAAACGGCAGCGAAUCAGCAAUUCGAAUAAACAAGGAGAACUCACUGCUGUUGCAGACACUAGAGAUCCCGCCCGAAGUACGAUCGAUUAACGUUAAAGCAACCGGUAGCGGUUUCGCUCUUUGCCAGCUGUCCUACAAAUAUAAUCUGAAUGUAACCGGUGCAUGGCCUAGAUUUGUGCUCGAUCCGCAAGUCAAUAAAAACUCAAAUGCAGACUAUUUGCACUUGACCGUUUGCACCAGUUUCGUUCCAUCCGGUGAUGAAACGGAAUCGAACAUGGCUGUUAUGGAAGUCUCAUAUCCCAGUGGUGUCAUUGCUGAUCCCGAACGGAUUCCUUCGCUGGAAUCGUCCAAAGGCGUGAAGAAAGUUGAAACGAAAAAUGGGGAUACCACCAUCGUUGUGUACAUUGACAAUUUGGGAACGGAAGAACUUUGCUUCGCCAUCGAUGGAUAUCGAACAAAUAAGGUGGCCAAUCAAAAGCCGUCUCCGGUCAUAAUUUAUGAUUACUACGACACUUCUAAGAAAGCAACGAUGUUCUACCAAAGUUCCAAAAAUCAUUUAUGUGAAAUUUGCGAUGAUGCUGCGUGCAAGGACGCAUGCAUAGCAAAAACCGCUGCUUUUACCUCGGGCAAUGACGGCAAAAGUACAGUGGUACUGCAAAAAUCUGCAGCCAAUAAAAUUGCGGUAGCGACAUUUGUGCUAAUUUUAGUCGCAGUACAAUCACUUCUGUAAAACGUGGAUUGUACGGGGUGCCAUGAGAUUUAAGGAAUGAUUUUAUAUUUGAAAUUGUUGUAACCGACGUAAUAACUAAAGUGUUUGAAUAAUUUGCUGAAGAAUAGAGUAAACAAUUUCUGAAUUGAGA